CAAGGAAUGAGUGAGAGAGCGGAAGAGAGAAAGAUAAGUAAACGGAAAAACUAACGAGAGUCAACCUUACCUUUACCACUCUAUGUACUCCAUUUGGUUUGAAAAUUUCUUUCACAUCAUGUUUCUCAUAUAAACAUAUCUAACUUUAUUAUAGUUUUUCGUUUGUCUUGUUCAUCUUUUUGUCAACCAUAAGGAAAUCAACAUAAGAAAAUAGUUUCGAUUCGUUGAGAGAGAAACCCAAUUUCUGAAUCAACAGUGAAAGUGACGAUGACCAGAGUUGAAAAGAAAAAGAAGUUAAUAAACUCAUCUUGACAGCCAAGGAAUCCAAAACAAAGAUUGGUCAUGAUUUAUUUGGAACCAACAAAGUGAAAUCAAUUUUUUUGCAAUCUUGAUAGUGAUUUUGAUCAAGUUAUUUCAAUUUACUGCCUCAAAACAAGAUGGACUUUACAAUUAUUUUAGAUGUUUUGUGUUACAUCUUUCUUUUUUCGCCCACUCUCAUCUCUACGGCAAAUAAACCAUCAUCUGGUGAUGAUGCUAGUUUUUUAUCAGAUAUUUGGAGCUCUUUAACAUUAUCUGCCAAGCAUCCAAACUGCCCAGGGGAAUGUGUUCACAUUUUUAAAGCACGAUAUGCAUGUGAUCACGUAUUAGAAGAAGUUAACUGUGGCGAACAAACUUUACGUUGUUGUGCUGUGAAUAUUUCAAGUAAUGGAAUUAAAAUGUCUCCACUCUUUGGCACCAAUGGUAUUCCCGAAUCCAUGGCCAAGCUAAUGAAAAGGUCACUUAUUCAAGGACCAUCUAAAUCAUCUCAAUCAUCUUUUAAAGCACAAAAUAAUUCAUCAUUUACAUCACUAUUCAACUCAUCUUCAUCAUAUCCAAGUGAUCGAUCCCUACUUACAUCUAGUACACCCGCUUAUGAGACUGAGUCACAUUCAAACCUUUUAAGCCGUUCAGUUAGACAAGCUUCAUCCCCAGCACCAUCAACUGGUGACACUAGUAUUUUUUCAGAUCUUUGGAGUGCUUUAACACAGACUGGUAAAAAUCCAACAUGUCCAGGGGAAUGUGUUCACGCAAUAACAUCAAUUUUAUGUGACCAUGUCUUGGAGGAAGUUAGUUGUGGUGAACCUUUUCUAAGAUGUUGUGUUCCGAAUGAUUCAAGCUAUGGAACAGCCGUUGAGACUUCACCACCUUUUGAUAUUAACGGCAACAAUUUAACAUCAUCUACUCAAUCACCUUCAUCUACAUCUUCCUAUCCAACAUCCUCACAGUCACCAACUCCACAAUCAGUAACAAUUCAAGCAUACAACUCUUCACCCCCAUCAUUAUUUUACUCAUCCUCAUCCUCGCCUUAUCCUAGUGAUCGACCUUGGUUUACCUCUAGUUUACCUGUUUCUGUGACUGAAUCAUAUCCUCUUUUCAGCCUUCCAACCAGGCAAACUUCAUUCCCAUUAUCAACGACAACUCCGUCCACAACAACAACCGAGCGAAUCAAUUCUCGAUGUCCUGGUGUUUGUGUUCAAGCUCGAUUUGUUCGCUAUUGUAGUAAUAUUUCCCUGAGCGGGAUCUGUGAUAAUCAUUUGGAAGCAUGCUGCCUUCAAUCGGAAAAGGAUUCAAACAAUUUGACGACGGCAUUUAUUCCUAAUCGUAACUCAUCAUUAUCUCAAUAUCCAAUCUCUUCUACAAUUGUCAAGUCACCUCCAUUGCCAUCAUCAAUAUCCCCUCUUCAUACAUCUGUGUCAACAGCACCAACUUCAUCUACACCGUCAACAGUCUCUACUUCAGCAGCGGCUCUUUUUGAUGGAUCAACAUCCAACUCUAAUUUAUCAAACUUAUCUACAACUGAGUCUAUAACAACAACGCAGGGUUCGACCACAUCGACCGAAAGCAGCUUAGGAUCAGCUGCAGUCAAUGUCUCAGAAUCUGUAAAAAAUCAAGAUUCACCAACUUCAGACGAGAAUACAUGUGAUGGAACCUGUGUUAGUCCCUUAUUUAGUUUACUUUGCGAUGAAUCAGAUUCUAGUAAAGUAUGCGCCAAUGGAGGUACCUGUUGUAUCAACCGAGAAGUGGCAACAACCCCAUCUCCAAUCCCUGAAUGUUCAGGAACAUGCAUUCCAACUUUUCUGAGUGGAGUUUGUACGCGUCCAUCUGAAUUAGUGUUGAAAACAUCUAAUUGUAUGUCAGGAACCAUUUGUUGCCAUUUCCAAGAUGAUCGUCCCAUCAAUGAACGUCCACCUCCCUUAUUCAAUGGCCUUUCUCCAGGCCCUCUACGUAUUCCUGCACACCCACCCAUGAACAAUUACCCUCACGGUCCACCUCCACCAGGUCUCUCAGGACCACCUAACAUUCAGUUAUUCCAAAGGCCAAACAUCCCACUGAACCAAGGUCUUAGACCACCAGUAGGGUAUCCUCCACCUCAAUCACGUCCACCACCAAUCAACUUUGCCCUCUUCAUACCGAAUCGUAAACCCCAAAUUCCAUCACCAGCUCCAUCACUUUCCCCUCCCCAACCAAUGCCACCCCCGAAACAACCUAUGCCAGGUCCUAUUCCUCCCUCUGCACCGUCUAACCCUGAAGAUGUGGAUACUUCUGGAUUUCCUAGUUCAUCAUCUGUUCAACCUGAACCUCCUGUUUCAGAAACAAGUCCUGCUGAAAUGGAAGUUAUUCCGUUACCGGAAAGUUCACCAUCACAGUCAUCUAAUCCUAGUUCAGGUUUUCCUGGAGGUGUUCCAUUCUGUCCUGGUCCUUGUAUUGCACCCAUUUUUCGCUUCACAUGUUUCGGUGGGAAUGCCAUUUAUCCUAAAUUCUUUUGCGCUAAACAGGGGCAAAUUUGUUGUGCGGCUUUAAAUGAUAUUCAAACUUACGAAGCAAACAUCAAGGCUAAUAACGGUGUUUGGAAACCAUCGAUUCCUUCAAAAACAAAUUCAUCAUCUCUUGAUGAAGCAAGCUCAUCUACAAGUCCAACAGUAAUUUUACCUCCAAUAAAACUUCCACCAAGACAAGCUACACCAUACUCUUGUGGCGUUAAAGGUACUCAGCGUCGAGAGUCACCACGCAUUGUCGGUGGGAGUGACGCUUUGCCUGGUGAAUGGUGUUGGCAUGUUGCUCUAAUUAAUGCCGAUAAUCAGUAUAUCUGUGGCGGAGCUUUGAUUGGAUCCCAAUGGAUAUUAACUGCAGCUCAUUGCAUUACCAAUUUGGUUCGUAAUGGUGAAUCAAUCUAUGUUAGAGUUGGUGAUUAUGAUUUAUCGGCGCAAAUCAAAAGUAAAUCAGCUCAAACACAACGAGUUAGCACUACUUAUAUCCACCAUAACCAUAAUGGAGUAACUUUGGAUAAUGAUAUUGCGCUUCUUAAAAUUGAAACACCAGUUCAGAUAAAUGAUUCAAUAUGUUUGGUGUGUUUGCCUGCCAGAGGAUCAAAUCGUAAGCCAGGUCAACGAUGCACUGUUACUGGUUACGGUUAUCGAGAAGAAGCUGGACCAAUUGCUCUUAAAAUAAGAGAAGCCGAAGUACCAGUUGUGGAUGAUCAAGAAUGUGCAACCAAGAUUCAAGCUGUUACAGAGAAGACAUUUAUCCUUCCAACAAGUAGCUUCUGUGCUGGUGGUGAACAAGGGAAUGAUGCCUGCCAGGGCGACGGAGGUGGACCUUUGGUUUGUGAAGUUGAUGGUUUCUACGAGCUUACCGGUUUAGUUUCAUGGGGAUUCGGUUGUGGUAGAUCCAAUGUUCCAGGGGUUUAUGUUAAAGUUUCAAAUUUUAUUGGUUGGAUCAAUCAAAUAAUUAGUGUUAAUAAUCAAUAAGGAUUAUCCUUACUUAUUUAUCAAAUAAUUAUAUAAAUAUUUUUCCUAGUUUUAUAUUAUAAUUUACUCAACUUUUGAUAAGCAAAGUGAAUAAAGCUUAACUGUCAAACAAUGAAAAAAUUGCUAAUUCAUUACAUUCAUCAACAUGAUCAGAUUUAAAUUAAAUGUAAAUGC